AUGGGGCUGAUGAAGAAAGUGAGUAAACUUUGCACUCUUUGCGAUGUCAAAGCCUGUGUAAUUAUUUACAGCCCUUAUGACUCGCAACCAGAUGUUUGGCCUUCCCCUCUUGGAGCCCAACACAUGCUUGCUGACUUUAAGAGGAUGCUCGAGAUGGAGCAGAGUAAGAAGAUGGGGAAGUCCCUCCACCAACUCAACCUUAUUGAUCUCAACGAUUUAGGUUGGCUCAUAGAACAACACGUUAAAGAAAUCCAGAAGAAGAUGGAAACACUCAACAAGUCACCUCAGCCUCAGGAGGUGAGAGACGGAGGUGUGAUGAAGGGUCCUAGUGAGACUUUCACUCAAAUCAAGGAGAAUUCUAGG